AUGCCCGUGAAAUGGCGCGACGAAGAAACGCUCCAUUACCUCUCGCGAGCCGUGAGAUCUUGUGGGAUCAAUCGGGACCUCGCGGAGGGCAAGCGCAUCCACGCAAGAAUUCUCGAAGGAAGCCACAGCAAAAACAGGUAUCUCACCAAUCUCCUCAUCGAGAUGUAUGGGAAAUGUGGCAGCCUCGAAGACGCACAAUCGGUGCUCGACUCCAUCGACAACCCAAAUCGCUUCUCCUACACGCUCAUGAUCCAGGCGUAUGCCCACAGCGGCCACGCCCGGUUCAUGCGCCAGGCGCGAUUCUUGCUGGAUCGAAUGCCUGAGGCCGACGCUGUCGCAGCCAACAUCAUGAUCAAGGGAUACAUACGACUGGGCGAUCUUUGCAGCGCCCAAGAGAUCUUUGACCGGAUGGAUCACAAGACGCUGGCAACCUCAAGCCUCAUGAUCGCGGCAUAUGCCCAAUGUGGGCAUCUCUACGAAUCCUGGAACUUGUUCUUACGAAUGGAAAGCCGGGACUUUCUUAUCUGGACGGCACUUGUGACUGCGUGUGCUGAUAUUGGUAAACUCGACGAAGCUCUUCGAGUGCUUCAUCAGAUGCCCAAGUGGGAUGUUGUCCCGUGGACUGUUGUUCUUACAGCAUUUGCCCGGAUUGGGCAUUAUGAUUCUGCUAGAAGACUAUUUGAUAGUAUGCCGUACACAGAUAGGAUCUCUCAAAAUGCAAUGCUCAAUGUGUAUGGACAAGAUAAUAGAACUCAUGAAUUGAAACAGCUCUUCCACAACAUGCCCGAGCGGGAUAUCAUAAGCUGGACUUCUAUGAUGGCUGCAAAUGCCACACAAGGUAAUGUGGACGAUGCGCGAGGCUUGUUUGACAGGAUCCCGCAGCGGAAUACUGUGGCAUGGAACACCAUGAUCCAGGCUUACGCCGAGAAGAAAAACCUCCAUGAGGCUCUCUCGAUGUUCAUGGCGAUGGAGCAGCCGGAUGUCAUCUCCUGGACGCACCUUAUUGCUGCCUUCUCUGAAAAUGGAUUCCUUGAUCAAGCAAAGUUCAUGUUUGACAGGAUCCCUCUGCGAGAUAUGGUCUCUUUCAAUGGAAUGCUUGCGGCUCUCCUCAAGAACGAUCGUCUUGACGAUGCCAAGGCAAUGUUUAAUGAGAUCCCGGAGAGAAACCUGGCAUCCUGGAAUCUCUUGAUCGGUGGGUUCUCGGACCGAGGAGAGCUUGACGCCGUGAAGCAUUCGCUGGAGAUAAUCCCGCAGCGAGACUUCAUCUCGUGGAACUCAUUGGUGGCAGUCUAUGUCCAAGCUCAUCAGCUCGACCAAGCAAAAGCCGCUUUUGACGAGCUUCCCCAGCGAGAUUGGUCGUCAUGGAAUCUCUUAGUCUCGGGUUACGCUCAAACAGGAAAACUCCAAACAGCGGCACAAUGGUUCGGUCGAAUGCCGCAGUGGAACGUUGUCUCAUGGAACGCUCUCAUCGCUGGUCAUGCCAAGCAUGGCGUCGAGUCGAUUGCAUUGAAUCUCCUCUCGAGCAUGAGCCUGGAAGGAGUAAUACCAGACUCAACCACAUUUAGCAGCGUUUUGGCCGUCUACAGCCACAAAGGGAUGCUGGCCGCCUGCCGAGAAAUCUUUGGACUCAUGGUCCGAGACCACUGGAUCGAUCCGAGCUUACAGCAGUUUUGCGGUGUGGUGGACGCCUUGGGCCGGAGUGGCAAGCUGAGUGAGGCUGAGGAGCUUGCGUCUGCCAUGCCUUAUUUGCCAAACCGUGCGGUAUGCAAUGCACUACUCGGUGCGUGUAACAUCCAUAGCGAUGUGACUCGCGGUGAGAGAAUGGCAAGCUGCGCAGUGGAUGUUGCUCCAAGCUCAGGUACCUCCUACGUGCUCUUGUCCAAUAUGUCCUCUUGA